ACCUGACGUAAGUAGACGUAGGGGCAAAUUGGCACAGCCCAUACUAACAAGGUUUCAUAGUGGUUUGCGAAGAAGGAUUGGGUAUCAAGUGGCAAGAUGUAUCCGUUUCCUCUCAAGACGACGCCGUUCCCUGUCGAUGAGAACGGCUUCCCAUCGCCGGAGUCGCUUUGCAGCACUGUCGACUGGUCUCUGAGCUACACAUCCGUGGCGCUGGGCAAUGCAUUUGGGCGGUUAUACAACAAUUACGACGGGUUGGGCGAUGCGUUCGCAGCGUACUGGAAAAGGCUAGCGUCCCAGUAUGUCAAGACGACCAAUGUAAUCGGGUAUAACCUGCUGAACGAGCCAUGGGUGGGCGACACGUGGGCCGAUCCGACACUGUUAGUGCCUGGUGUUGCUGACCACAAGGUCCUAGAAGGGCUCUGGAACCGCGCGGCCAAGCAGAUCCGUACGGUCGACAAUGACACGCUCAUUUGGUUUGAAGGUGCCACCCUGGAUAUCUUGUCAGGCUUCGAUGACGUCCCGCUUGGGGAUGGCUCGAAGUCGGUGCAUUCGUUCCACUAUUACAGCCCGCCACAGCUUGGCUCGAUUUCCACCACACUGAGCAACCGCCACAAGGACAACGAGCGCCUUAGGACCGCCGGGGUGCUGACCGAGCUCACGUUCUGGAUGGGCGAUGAUAAGCAGAUGCAGGGCCUAGCAGAUGCCAUGUCGGCAACAGAUGCAAAUAUGGUUUCCUGGAUCGGCUGGGCGUACGAGAACCUGUACAACGGCACAUCUGGUCAGCCUUAUCCUGAGCUAGCAAAGCAUUACAGCCGUGCAUACCCUGCCGCUGUCGCUGGCAUUCCCAAAAGCUUCAGCUUUUCUGAGAGCUCGGCAACCUUCAAGCUGCAGUUCACGUCUGACCCCAAUAUCGGGGCGCCGACAGAAAUCAUCCUACCCCCUUCCACAUUUCCCAACGGCUAUACCGUCCAGAUCUCUCCCGAUGGCAGCAUGCUGCAGUACACAGUUGACAAGCGGACUCUAGCCUUGUUCACAUCCACCAGCAUCAAGAACGCCACUGACAUCUCCAUUACAGUCACUCGUAAAUGAUCUCGUCCAUAGGUUGCCUCCUGAAUUACUAA